UUACAUAUGUCAUCCAUCACAUGAAUUCUUAUAUUAAGAAUAGUGAAAGAUUAAAAAGAUCUAGAUUCUUAGAUUAGAUUUAGAUUUUUAUAAUAUGGUUCGAUAAAACAUUUGCUAUUUCGUUUCCUACUUUUAUUUGAUUAUUGUAUGAAUCAUAUUACUGAAUAAUAUCAAUUUUCCUCGUUAUUCUCAAUGUGGGAAUUUGUGCUGCAAGCCUGGAUGCAUGACAGAAUGCAGUUUUGUGAAUUGUAGUUUUGCAGUGUCAUUUACCAUAUGCCGUGAAUGCACUCUAAUUUGUGUUACACGUGAUUGAGAACAUGGCAGCUAAAAUGCAGCAUUUUGAUCCACCAAGUUCGGCCAGCUCAGAAAGUGAUGAUGAAGUUUGUUUGGGUGAAAAAGAAAUUUUCCUUGUUGAUGAAUUAUGCGAAGAUGCUGAACAUUAUAGACGUUCUGAUAUUGGGACUCCUACACCGCAGUCUCCGAGGCCACCUUCUACAGGUUCACAGAGAUCACCCAGAUCGAGGAGACAACGUACUACUAGUUUAUCUCAGUCUAGCAAAAAAACUUCUGCAGAGUCUAUUCUUAGAAGUAAAACAAGAACAAUAUACACAGCUGGUAGGCCACCAUGGUAUAAUUCAGCUGGCCAACAAGUAGAACCUUUUGUAAUUGGUAUUUGUGGAGGUAGUGCAUCUGGAAAAACUACAGUUGCAACAAAAAUUAUAGAAUCUCUAGAUGUACCUUGGGUAACACUUCUUAGUAUGGACUCAUUUUAUAAAGUAUUGAAUGAAAAACAGCAUGAAAUGGCUGCACGCAACGAGUAUAAUUUUGAUCAUCCUGAUGCUUUUGAUUUUGAGUUACUUAAAACAACGUUACAGCGUUUGAAAGAGGGUAGAAUGGUGGAAGUUCCUAUCUAUAAUUUUGUAACGCAUUGUAGAGAAAGUAGAACUAAAACAAUGUAUGGUGCCAAUGUGAUUAUAUUUGAGGGAAUAUUCACAUUCUACAAUGUCGACGUGUUGAAGAUGUGCGACAUGAAGGUGUUUGUUGAUACUGAUGCUGAUGUGAGGCUUGCUCGGAGAUUACGUAGAGAUAUAUCACAAAGAGGAAGAGACUUGGAAGGUGUAUUAAAGCAGUAUAGUACUAUGGUACAACCUGCUUUUUAUUAUUAUAUAGCUCCAUUAAUGGUACACGCGGAUAUUAUUGUACCUCGUGGCGGAGAUAACGAAGUCGCGAUAGAACUCAUUGUACAACAUGUACAUACACAGCUUCAAUUGAGAGGUUUCAAACUCAGAGAAAAAUUAGCUCAUUCUUAUAUCGGUCAGCCAUUGCCAUCUUCUCUCUACCUGCUUCCAGAUACACCUCAGAUAAAGGGCUUACACACAUUUAUAAGAAACAAGGAAACAUACAGAGACGAAUUUAUAUUUUAUUCUAAGCGUCUGAUACGUUUAGUUAUUGAGUACGCAUUAUCUCUUUUACCUUUCGAGGAUGUAACAGUAGAAACACCACAAGGAGUAUUAUAUAACGGAAAACGUGCUGCUACGGAUAAAAUAUGCGGUGUUUCCAUUUUGCGUGCAGGUGAAACGAUGGAACAAGCUGUCAGAGAUGUAUGCAAAGAUAUUAGAAUAGGAAAAAUACUUAUACAAACGAAUCAACAGACUGGAGAGCCAGAACUUUAUUAUCUACGAUUGCCAAAAGAUAUUAAAGAUUAUAAAGUGAUAUUGAUGGAUGCAACAGUAGCAACAGGUGCUGCUGCUAUUAUGGCUAUUCGAGUCCUAUUGGAUCACGACGUUGCAGAAGAAAAUGUGUUGCUUGUAUCUCUACUUAUGGCAGAAUCUGGUGUGCAUUCGAUUGCUUAUGCAUUUCCGCGCGUAAAGAUCGUAACAUCUGCCUUAGAUCCUGUGAUAAAUGAGAAGUUUUACGUAUUGCCCGGUAUCGGUAAUUUUGGCGACCGAUAUUUUGGAACCGAGCCAUCUUCGAUCGAUGAUUAGUACAGUUGAUCUCAGUUUCGUCAAAGCUAUUUAAUCUGUUAUUAUACAAAAUACAGUAAUCUCAUAUUAUCUUUAAUAAAAUUUGUGUUAUAUUGAGAAAUUUAUGCAA